UCUUCAGUGGCGAUGCGUUUAAACUCCACCGCAGUUGUUGAUGCCUGUUGGGCUGCGCCAGUAAUACAGUUGUGUCCGUCUGAUAACGUCGAAUUUUUGAAUUCGCACGCCAACACAGUUACAUCAUAUUAUAGCAGUUUGUCUAAACACCCGUCGUGUCGGUAUAGCCUAAAGAGUAUACCACCUGUUAUUGUUACAUCUACCUAUUAAAUACAUUAAACUAUACACCAUGUCACCCAAAACUCCUAUGUUGGACUUGAGGUACAACGAAAUGUGGAACGACUGGGACGGGUCGGCCGGCGAUUUUGGAGAACCGGUGAUUUUGGAACAGCAGCAACACGGUCGUCUGGUGUUGUCUUGGAAACGGUUAAACGUGCGGGUUACGAAGAAAACACACAGGCUCGUUAAGCCGACAAAAUUAACAUCCAAACAGUUAUUGUUCAACGUCAGUGGCAACAUAGAAAGUGGAAAACUUCUAGGAAUCGUGGGGCCGAGUGGUUCGGGAAAAACAACCUUGAUGGCCACUAUAAGUCACCGGACAAAGGGAAAUUUCGACGGUGAGCUUUUACUAAACGGCCAACCCGUGCCAGAAGAAAACAUGAUAAAAAUAUCCGGUUUCGUUCCUCAGCAAGACCUGAGCUUUGAACAGUUGACAGCUCUAGAACAUUUAACAUUUAUGGCCAAGUUGAAAAUGGACAAAUGUACUACCGCAAUAGCUUUGGCCGCCAGAAUCGAAUAUUUAGUGUCGAAAAUAGGGAUGAAAAAUUUUUUAGACACUCGACUGACGUACUUGUCCGGCGGCGAACGCAAAAAAGUCGCAUUGAGCGUUCAGCUGUUGAACGAUCCUCCUAUACUGUUUUGCGACGAAAUCACCACAGGCCUGGACAGUUACUCGGCUGCACACAUAGUCAACACUUUGAAAAGCAUAGCCCGAACUGGUAAAAUCGUCGUUUGCACAAUACACCAGCCCGCAUCCGGCGUGUUCGAUAAGUUUGACGACGUUGUGCUUCUGUCCAACGGACGAUUGGCGUACCAAGGACCCGUUUCUUUAGUAAAUCAGUUUUUCAAAAAGUUCGAUUACACGUGCCCGGAUAUGUUCAACAAAGCGGACUUCGUCGUGUCUAUUCUCAACUCGAACGAAAAAUCAAUCAAGAGCAACGUCGACGAAAUGUGCAGAAUAUCUUCCACCGAAUAUGAAAUAGAUUCAAACUACGAUUCGUACAAAUGCAGCAUGCAAUUGGAGUAUCAACAACUUUUGCACCCCGAAAAACAACUAUGGAUUACACAGCUCAAUUUAGUCUUGGGUAGAUCCGUGAAAUGCUUUUUAAGAAGCUACAAGGCCAAGAUUCUGGAACUAAUAACGUUAUUGUUUUUGGGACUGUUUAUAUCUACGCCGUACGCAAAUUUGAAGUUUGACACAAAAGCCGUGCAAAACUGGCAAGGGUUCUGGUUUAGUUUUACUUUAUACUCCAUGUUCCAUUAUUGGUACUCUUCUAUGAUAGCUUACCAACUGGAAUUCCCUAUCGUCCACCGAGAAGUCAGUAACAGCAUUUAUUCCUUAAGCGCUUUCUACGUUUCCGAGAUUGUCAUUACGCUGGUCUGGACCAUCGUCGGUGUGUUAAUGUCCACUUAUCUGGUCUUUUGGAUAGUCGGCAUCGGUUAUAAUUUUUUGCAAGUGAUGACGUUCUUGAUCAUCAUGUUGGCGGCCAGAUCUUACGGCAGCGUUCUAUCUGCUUAUUUCGAGAGACUCGAAACUGUAGUCAUGUUCUCGUUAAUAUACGACUACUUGGCCGUACCCCUCAGCGGCGCAUACAUCUCACUCAGUUCCAUACCGCUGUACUACCUAAAAUAUUUUUCAUUAUUUUUUCUCGCUUGUGAAGCGAUGUCUAUUCUACAAUGGCGUGAUAACACAUUCAUACCAUGUCUCAAUAUCAACAACUGCUUACACAACGGCAAAGAAGUGUUGUUGAGCUACGGAUACGAUAUCGACCGGCUCAACGUGGACUUGAUCUUGCUAUUUGUUUUCUACAUAGUUUCCUACGUACUCGGCUACUACGGCAUAUUAAGGAGGACCAAAAAACAGCCUGCUUAUUAAACAACAGUGUUUGGUUAGGCGACCAUAAAAUUCCGUAUUUAUUCCAAAUGUUAAUUUUGCGUUUAUAACAAAAAAUCUUAAUUGUUUAUCUAUCAAAUCGCUUGUAAAACAAUUAUUACUGCGAUAUUCGUCGUCGUUUAAAAUCCAGACAUCUGGUUGCGUUUUAAUUUGAUUUAAAAACGAUGACACCUAAAGUAAAAUAAAAUUGUCUUAGAUCUCGAGCAGUCAGUACGUUUUAUGUAGCCAAAAAUUUAUUUUAGUGUUGUCCAAUAGACAUUGCCACCAUUGUAUUUAUACGCGGAAGUGCUAAAACAUUUAAAUCCACAGCUGUUAUUUUUAAAGCAUUGUACAUAUUUUUUAUUCUACAUAAAUUAUGUCUUUAUAUUAUUAUUAUAGUCGGUUUAUUUUUAAUUAUUCGUGUUGACAUCGUUUGUUAAGUGUGUUAUUAAUUAUAAAAUAUU